AUCAAUUAUCAGCAUGCAACGGGCACAACUCAUUUCACAGGUCCUGCUGGCCACAGCCAUCAUCUACGCUUGUCUGGAGCCUGCUGCCUGCCUUUACGAGGAUAAGAUCCAAACGUUCCUUGAUGAGUUCCGGAAGCGCAUGUGUCACCCGAUCCCAAAUCUGGGUCUGCCCGCUUUGGAUCCUUUGGAGCUGGGUCCUGCUAAAACCGAAGUUAACAAUAAAUACUUAAUAGACUUCACUGGCUCCAUCGACAAUUUUCAGUUGCACGGAUUGUCUGAUUUUGAUGUCCCUGCCCUUACUUUGAAUCCGAUCCCAACUCGAAUGAGCACUAUUAACGUCACCCUUCCUCUCACGCAUUUCGAGUCCUUGUACACGGCCAAAGGAUCACUGGCAUACAUCCUUAACCUUGCCGGCGAUGGCAAUGCAGAAACUUCCAUCACGAACUUUUCCAUCCUUAUUACUUUUCGAUUGAGGUCACUGUCCCCUUUGUCAAUAUAUUCACUUCAGAUUGAGUUGCAUUUGGGAGCUCUUCGGAUUAACUUUGACAAUCUGAUGGAGGAGGAACGUAUUAAUGAUUUUAUCCACGCUCUGGUGAACGAAAUGGGGGUGGAGCUACUUGGUGACGUUUGGGACUAUGGACAAGACACGGUGGUCUCAAAAGUGCAAACGGCUGUUAACAACUUCUUAGGUCAGUAUACACUGUCGGAGAUCCUCCAAAUCAUAACUGGCGGAAGUGGUGAAGGAGAAAGUGAACCCAUCUUCAACGGUGUAGAGCCAGACUGUAAACCUGAAGCCAGCUCAAGAAACUAAGACUGAAACUUGAUGAUAAAUUUAGAAUAACAAAGAUACCUAUAUACGUUUAGAUUAAUACAUGACAAUCGAAGAAGCA